AUGCAAUAUAGAAAAUCUUUAAACGAUUUUCCUAAUAUGCCAACUUCUACUAUAACUAUUGACUUAGACAAUUCCUUAAUAGCCGAAGAGUUAACCUAUGAUCAACAAUCCCUUACAGAUUUUGUUAAUUACACAUCUUUCUUAGAUAGUCAGGAUUCCUAG